UAUGUGUGUUGACCAAAAAAAUUAUAAAUAUUCCAGUCGUCAAAUGAAUUCUCAUCAUGGCCAAAUUCGUGAGUACUUAUGAAAAGCCUCUGCCUCAUAUCGGUCUGUCGGACUGGUAUACCAAACAAUGGGAGCUUCGACAAAACGCGGACGUCAAAAGAUCCGAGGCUUGUCGGCUACGCAAUUCGAGCAAAACCACUCGUUCCGAAGGGAACGUGACAACGAAAUGGGACACCUAUAUGAAUGAUGCUCGAAUAACGGACAGAGUGUUAGAACUAUCGAGAUGGAAGGACAUUCUCGAUGACUUGCUGCAAAAAUUAUUAACCGAGAUACGCUUAUUAAGUGACGAGAAAGCCAACACACAGAAGGAACUUGAAAACAUAACUCAUCCCCUGCGUAUUGCCAGCGAAUGCAUCUCGAUGAGGGACUGCCGUAGAGAAACCGAACUCACAUACGAUGAAGCUGAUAUAGAGUUGAAGAAGGAGCUCCGCUUGAUCGCAAAUAUUCAUGAAGAAUUUACCAAGAGAGCACAGGCCGCAUGGGAAAAGUUAAAUCGCUUGGAAGCCCUUAAAUUUAGGCUGAGCUUGGACAUAGAAGAUAAAAACGAAACCAUUAGAAUAGACGAGGACAAUCUUGCAUUAGAUCACACUUCUGCAAAUAUAAGUUACAAACCGAGAACAUCAGUUGAUAAAACAAGUUCAAUCACGUACGAGGUUUGGCUUGACCGAUGUCGUUGUUCCAAGUUGUCUGCCGAAAAAGAAUUGAGUGAAUCUUACAAUUUUCGUGAGGCUACACGUGUAAUGAGAGAACAUGCGCUGAAUGAUAUUAAAGCUGAACAAGACGCAACAGAUUACACUUUGAGGAAGAGAAUUUAUCAAACGCAAAAAGGCAGAAAUGAAAUGGAAUGGCAGAAGCUUAAGGUACAAAAGGAAAUAGAAAUGUUGGGAAAUGAGAUAACCCAGUUGGAAGCAACACUGAUGAGUAAAAUAGGCGUGGUGAAAUGCGUCGAAAUGCGAUUAGAAAACCGAGUUUAUCGGCCUGGCUCAGAACUUUGUAAGGACGAUGUGGAAUUGGGCCUGAAGAAGGAAGCCUUGCAAUUAAAACAGACUGAAGAAGAUCUAAUUAAAAUGAUCGAGCAUGCAAAAACAAGCUACAAUAGUCUGGAAUCUUUGCUUAUACGGAUCGACAACAAUUUGGAAGACAAACAGCAUUCUCUGAACACCGACGUUAUGUGCCUGGACAUGAGAGUACCGCUGAAAACAGGAGACAGAGAGCGUUUACCUAAUGAGACGGACCGUAAUAUCGUAUUGACACACAUGGAGAAAGAAAUUCCGUUGGAAUCUUAACCCUUAUAAUAUCAUGCUCAGUUCGAUGCCUCAUUCCUACUAUCGUGAAUCACUAGAACCCUUUCAUGUUUUCACCUAUUUAAAAUAGUUCAAGAAAAUCUCUAAAAUUUCACAAACGUACAUUCAACUUUCUAGAACAAAUGUUUAAACUUCAUUUUGGAAAAUAAAAUGUGGAAUAAGUUAUAAUUAUCGAAAGACUCGUAAGUUAGGAAAAAGUAAUCACUCGGUCACUAGUGACCCAUGAUAGUCGAGUAUGGGUUAAUUCAACUGCCUCAUUUGGGUUUCUAAAACAUGAUUUUGUAGACACUGUCUAAUGCUUAAAAACUUGUCAGUCUCCAUCUUUAUUUAGAUAUAUUAUGCAAAAAAAAAAAACAAGAAUCUCGAUUGAAAUUUGAUAAAUAUUAGGGUGUGUUUGUAAUAUAGUUUAUCCAGAUACUGUGAACGCUAAGGUCACAUUGUGUGCCUUUUAACAAGUGACACGGUGUGACACAAUAGAUCAUUGCAUUCUUAGGUCUGUUUUCUGUGGC